UUUUGAACGGAAGAAGCUUUGCCUAGAUUGGGCCUGCUCGUCUCUGUAAUGCCCGCAGUGCCGACUCUCUGUUGCUCUCAGCGCUCCUGUUCCGCUGGCCGGCUCUUCCUGCUGCUGCUGUUCAGCACCCUCCUUGCCAGCUCCAUCUCCAAGCCCAUCAGAUGUGCCCCUUGUACAGCCGAGAAGAUGGCCCUGUGCCCGUCUGUGACGGCUAGCUGCCUGGAAACCGCCCGCCAGCCUGGCUGUGGCUGCUGCCAGACGUGUGCCCUGCAACUGGGAAGUUCGUGCGGCGUCUACACAGCGCGGUGCGGCAAGGGUCUAAAAUGCCAGGCACGGCAGGACGAGUCCCGGCCAAUUGCCGCGCUCCUCCAGGGGAGAGGAACCUGCGUAGAAGGUCAAGGAGACGGGUUGUGGAGCGCAGAAGCUUUCGAAGCAAGUGAUUUUGAGGAUCCCGAAAAUGUGACGCCUGAAAGUGCUGAAAUGACACAGGAGCAACUGCUGGCUAACUACCAACUGGCUUUUCCCAGUGGACAUGACAAACCUGCUCUCUGGAAUGCCAUCAGUUUUUAUGAAAGCAUGAGAGCAGAUAGAAAUAGUGGCAUAGGCAAAAAAGAGAAUCCAUGUCAAACGGAACUCCAGAAAACCCUUGACAGAUUAAGUGUAAUUUAUCAGAGGCCCGAAGGGGAGAUCUCCAAGUUUUAUUUGCCCAAUUGCAGCAAGAAUGGGUUUUAUCACAGCAAACAGUGUGAAACUUCACUGGAUGGGGAACCUGUUCUAUGUUGGUGUGUCAAUCCGUUAAAUGGCAAGAGGAUUCCUGGAUCACCAGACGUUAUAGGAGAUCCUAAAUGUCGUCAGUAUUUCAAUGUGCAAAACUGAAAGCAGAAACCCUGUAAAAUAUUUACUGUCAUAUAGGUCUUAUGAUGAUACAUACACUAUUUAUAUAUUCAAUUCCUAUAUUAUAUAUAUAUAUGUAUAGAAACUCUUUUUGUACUCCUGGUAUGAUAUACUAUCGGUUUAUUUAUUUCUUAGUAAAUUUAUUUUUUCUAGACAGUUACUUGUGUAUUGGUUAAUUUAUGUAUCACGGAACACUUGGCAACACUGCAAAUAAUUGCACUGUGGAUCUGGAAGAUAUUGGCCUGCUUCUGUUUUGAAAGAACUAGGAGAUGAAAACAUCAUCCAGAACAACACAAAAUCCCACUGGCUGUUAAAAUGACAUUUCUCCCAUUCUUGCCUCCAAGCUUUCUGUCGCUUCCUCCACCCCUUCGACACCCUGGCAGUAGUCAAGAGUUUGCCAGUUUCUGCUAUUCUGCGGUGGGCAGAAUAACUGCUGGCAGGGACCUGGGCAAGUCAGAGAAGGCACAUUCUCUGGCUGGAAGAGGGUCUAGUGGGUCCCAUUUUCUCCCAUUUGUGCCCUGGUGAUGCCAGGGCCAUCCCCAAUAGCUUUACCCUGUGGAGAGGGAAGGAAGAGAAGGAUUCUCUCUGCUCUGCAAAACUAACAGCAUCUUCCCCCUUGACCCACUCCACCUCCACACCCAGCAGGAACACAGCCUUCUCUGGCUCUUUGGUGAAGUGUCCAGGUAUUUUACGCCUUUAAUCGGUAGGCAUGCUAGUAGAUGUGAUGUCUUGUAGAUUUUCGAUCGUGUGAAUACCCUGUCAUUCGUAUUUGAAAUGAAAGCAGUAUACUCAUCAUCAGAACACAAAUUGUAUUGCAGAGCACCAUCCUAGACACUUGGAAAUAUAGAAAUAUAGGAGAUGGUCUCUGCCCUCAGAUAGAUCACCAUCAUACCUAUUUGCAUGGAAAUCUGCUGCUGAGUGAAAAUUCUCAACUUGGAUUGAAUGGGAAAACUUUGACAAGAGAAUGUAGGCAAACACAUGCCCUGGCUAUAAAGUUCAAACUGUUAUUUGUACUUAACAGCCUUAUUUGGAAUAAACCAUUUAUGUUUAAA